GAGAAUCAAACCAGACAAGUCAUCAUCCAGUUCACCCAAAGAAUGCACCGUGAUGAACUGUGGAGAAUAACCAAGGAUUCGGCACUUUGUAAGGAGCUGCGCAUCGCCUUCAUAGAAGAUCUUUGCAAGGCUGACAGGGAUUCACGCGCAGCAGUGUGGCCAAAGAUACAGCAAGCAAGAGCAGAGGGAAAGCGAGCUUAUUACAGAGGUGGGGUCGGAUACAUAAAUGGACAAAAGAUUGCCUAACUGAGUUAUAGUGACGUUCUAUCUCUAGUGUGAAAGUUCAAGUCACAGUAGUUAACCAUGUUGGUUAUGUUGGAAAGUUAAAGUUCUAAUUUUUGACACAAA